AUGAUUGAUAGCGGGAAAUGUUUCAUUUGAAACUUUUAAAGAAAAUAUCGAAAUGACAAAUGAGAUCAAUUUAUUAAACUUAGGUAGUUUUUUUAUUGAAAUAUUUUGUUGUUUACCUACAAAUGUUUUUACAAAGACAUUUAAAAACAGAGUUGGGAGUAUAGAUGAGUUAGAUCUCAAUCCUGUGUCUAUUUUAGAAAUUAAUGAAAAAUAUGUAGAUGAAUUAAGUAUGCUUAUUACAGGACCAAUGUCUUUACCUAUGAUUUGUGAACCUAAUAAGUGGUCAGAUGAUGAAUUUGGUGGUUAUUUAUCAAAUAGUCUAAUUAA